UGCAGAUUAGGGACUCAUUUCGGUGUUAGAAUUUUGUGUCGAAGAAAUUGUCUGAAGUCCGAGUGAAGAUGCCCCACACAAGCAGAACAGAUUUUGUAAUGCGCCAGAACUUGAAAGCAAAGAUGGGCAAAAACGACUUUUCCUGUCCCGUUGAAGCCUUGCGCAUGAAAAUAUUGUCCAGAGGUUGUCAAGCGUUUUUAAGCUUCGGCAGAGUUUUUCGAAUUAUGGACGACGAUGGAAACAGAAGACUCGACUUAAAUGAAUUCAAAAAGGGGCUCCGAGAAUACGGUUUGAUCUUAGAACCAAAGGAAGUAAAAGAAAUGUUUGAUGCAUUUGAUAAAGACCAUAGUGGAGCUCUGGAUUUUGAUGAGUUUCUCAUUUCACUAAGGCCACCAAUGAGCAAAGGAAGGAAGAACAUAAUUCAAUUAGCAUUCAACAAACUUGAUAAAACAGGGGAUGGAUUAAUAACAAUAGAUGACUUGCGAGGGGUUUAUAAUGUUAAACAACAUCCAAAAUAUAAAAACGGGGAAUGGACAGAGGAUCAGUGUUUCAGAAAAUUUUUGGAUUCCUUUGACACACCAGAUGAUAAGGAUGGCACAAUAACACUUGAUGAAUUCAUAAAUUAUUAUUCUGGUGUGAGUGCCUCCAUAGACAAUGAUAUGUACUUUGACCUAAUGAUGAGAAAUGCUUACAAGCUGAACUAAUACACCACUGACACAGAAGAAGAUCUUAAUUCUUCACAAACAACCUAUGAUUAAAAUCACCUUGCUGAACAAACUGCCAUCCUUAUUGGAAAAAAGGUUUAGAAAAUGGUGUUUCAUUUCUUCAAGUUUACUCAGAAGAAAGUUUUUCGGGAUCGUAGUAGUGCAGUUUAUUAUAUUUCAUGACAAUAUUUAGCCAGUAAAUGUAAUAUUCCAGUGCGUUAUUACUGUUAAAUAUGCCAAGAAGAUUAGUUUCAUUUAAAACAAAUAAAGCCAGGGUAUUGGCUGUAUGCUGAAGCUUUUAUGCUUUUAUUUUGAAAACUUUUCCAGAACACUUGUGGAUUAAGAGAGAAACAUUGCAUUCCUAUUCCUAAAUUUUAUGAAAUAUUCUAUUCUGAAUGGUAUUUUUUGUUUUUCGUAUAUCAAUUGUAGACAUGUAAAAUUUUUCCUUCUGUUAAAUUUUGGUUUUAUUUUUAGAAAUACUUUGUAACUUUUAUGUUAAUAUGCACAAUGACUCAACUGGAUUUAUGCAGAA